AGUUCAAGCAGCACAACGGCUAUUUCAGCACUUACCAGCUGAAAUAAGAGGAUUAUUAACGGGGGAGGAUUAUAAAUCACAAGGGGAAUUAUGCUUAUUUAAGGAGGAUCACCCUGCACUGGAUUUGUUUACGGUUUUUAGUGUAUUUUAUUUCAAGAAGGGGAGUCUAAGAUGGAGAUGAAGUGUUUAUCUCUGAAGGAUCUGGUUAGUGUGAGGAAGAUUAAGACAGGCAAAUAUGAAAGUGACAACAUAAAUGACCAGAAAGAGAACGUCUGUGUGGACAGAAGAAAAAUGACCCCACUGAAGUCAGAUUCUGUGACAACAGCCAUCAUUGGACACAGAAGAGUCUCAAGUCCGGAUUUUCCUCAUAUCACCCCCAACAAACAUCCUGAGAGGGCCCAUACGGACCCCUUGACCCCCACAGCAAACCUGAAGGUGCUCAUCAGCGCCGCCAUCCCAGACAUUCAUGACAGAGAGAUGACAAAGUCCCUCUUCAGGCCCAUCCAAAUCAAAGAGAAAAUUGUAGAGAAUGAGGAAGAACUUGAUGACUCAUGUCAGUUUGAAACGUUAGACGACGGUGGAGAUGAUUCUGAGAGAAGACCCAGUCGCAAGCAGAAGAGUUUGGGGCUUCUGUGUCAGAAAUUUCUGGCCUUGUACCCCGAUUACCCCAAAGCCUCUGAAAGCAUCAACAUCUCUCUGGAUGUGGUCGCCACUCGGUUGGGUGUGGAGAGGCGGCGUAUCUACGACAUUGUGAAUGUGCUGGAGUCCCUGAUGCUGGUAAGCAGAAUGGCCAAGAACCUGUACGUCUGGCACGGGCGAUCACGGCUGCCCCAAACCCUGCAGGAACUCCACCGGGAGGGCCGAGAGCAGGGCUACCAUCUGCAGAUGGAUCCGAGUGACGGAACCAGCCCGUACGCUGCCCACCUUACACAGAACAUGCAUGCAGCAUCCAGCCGAAGGAAAGAUAAAUCUCUCCGCAUCAUGAGCCAGAAGUUUGUCAUGCUGUUCCUGGUGUCCAAAACACAGACCGUUACCCUGGAUACGGCUGCUAAGAUUCUGAUCGAGGAGGGUCAGGAUGAGUCCAGCCACAGCAAAUAUAAAACUAAGGUACGCCGCUUGUAUGACAUCGCCAACGUCCUCACCAGCCUGAAUCUGAUAAAGAAACUUCACGUGAGAGAAGAGAAAAGCCGCAAACCCGUCUUUAAGUGGAUCGGACCCGCCGAUUUCUACGGCAGCAACGGUACGACUGGCACUUUCAUGUCAGAUACUCAGACGAGCGCUUCUGGAGAACGACGAGAGAAGAUGGCACGUCACGCGUCAUUUCAGGUCCUUCCCACCCCUCCUGUCAAUCGAAGACUGAUAAACUCCGCCCCCAGCACACCUCACAGAGAUCCCACAGAUGAGCCGGUUGAUUAUUCCAGGAAGAUCGUGAACAGCAGUGCAUCACUGGCAGUGCCCUUUCAAGCCGACGUCCCGUAUGCAUCUCUGCCUGUACCUGCCCAGUUCACCCAGCACCCGUUAACAUACCUGCCCGGCCUCCCACAGACACCCCUGCUCAUGGUGUACAGCGGGCACAUGCCCGAUGGCAUCACACAGGGUCAGACGUCACCCGUCUCCAAUCUGAAGAAGAGAGAAAAGGAGGAGGAGGAGAAGGAGGAAGAUCCCCCGGCGAAAAGAAGCAAACGUGUCACAUCCAUAGAAAGUGAAACGAGUGAGAGUCUGAGCUCCAGUGCGCAAAUAUCUCCGUUUUGCUCCAGAGAAGGUUCUCCGUGGGACGAGACCUCUUUUGGGCCACUAAAUGAGGGCGACAGAAGGACACACAGUCCUAAAGACCCCCUCUUGUCUUCUCAUUACCUCUAUGUUCCAAACACAGCAGGACUGAAUGGUUUGAACUUCCUCAUGCCAGCAGGGCACACUCAGGGUGGUGUGCCAGCCAUAGCUGUGCCAUACUUUUUGGUACCCUCCCCGCUCAUAGCAGGCGCAUUUUCCGCUUCCAACGCUGAUGGGGGCACCAGCAGCGGUUUGAGUUUCAGUGUGCCCACCGUGCUGUCAUCGGCCCAGUUUGUGAUGGCAGGAGGGGCGUUCGGUGUGACUGGAGUUUUAGAAACAAUGAACAGCCCAGAGCAUCAUGGGUACAGAGCAUCACCUCCUACACUCUCACCAAAGGGACCAAGACAAGAGAGCCCACAGCCAAAACAAACACAGACUCCUUCGACACCAAAGGAAGCAGCUCUGGGGUCCAAGUCUUUCUUCGAAACCCCGGGAGCUUUUGGAUCACUCUCAACUCCACCAGCAGCACGCAAGAGAGGCUCUGCCCAGAGGAGGCUGGACAUCGGUCACCCCACAGCCAAUUAAAAUCACAGCUAUUGGUGUCAUCGAGUCAUCUUUGGCACUGCAGGAGAGAUAAUCUGCAUUACACAACAAAGAAAGGCUUGAAUAAUUUCAUUGAUGGAUGGUAGAUGUUUUUUUAUUUUAUUAUCUUAUUUAGAUUUCACCACUUCUUGGAGUACUGCGGAAUUUAGAGUACAUUUGAUGGCGUAUUGCCUGAAGGUUUACAAUUAUUAUUUAUUAAAGUGUUAAUUCCAGAGCCUGCAAUUGUCAACAAGCCAGUCUUGGUUACAUUUCUCAGCACUACGUAUUUAAAAAUGUGAACAUGAUUUAGACUGGAUCAGUCUCUGAGAGUCAUUUAUUUGUGCAGAAAGCUCUUUGCAUAUUCUGAUUGAAUGAAAUCUGCAUUAUAAUGCAUUUAUGUGCUUGAAUUUUGGAAGGUAAAAACACCUUCCAAAAAGUGCCAUAUUGUCUGUGGAACCUGCAUGUCUUAGAAAUGAUUUUGUGUUAAGACGGUGCCUUCACAGCAGAGAGAACUGUUUUUGUAAGCAAAUACGAGGACUUCAGAUGAAAUGUCUUUUGUAAGGGUUAAAGACAAAGAUGUGUAGCUUGAACAGUUUAGUACUGUACAUGAAUCUGAGGGAUGCAGAAAAGUAUAUUUGGGGAUUCAGAACAAAAUAAUGGUUGUAACUUUGGACACUGUUUAAUUUUGAGGUGCUACAUCUGUGGAACAAAUGGGAAACCUAAAAAAAAACCUACUUGAAUAACCAGUGAAUAUGAUAACUGGAGAAAAUGCUGAAUUAUCAAAGUACUGUAACAUUUAAA